CACAGUGGUGGUGGCUCGGAGAAGAAGCCUGGGCGCUGGGACAAGUGCGGAGUCUUGGGGCGGGCAGGGCUGCCGCGGGGGUAGGUACCCUGGGGCGCCCGGGACUGGACUGGGCAGGUGCAGAGGCAAAGCGGCGGUCCGGUUCCCCGGCCUCCCGAAUGAUGCCAGCUCAAGGUCCCCUCACUGCUAGUCUGGCCGUCCUGGUGUUGCUGGGCACAGUCAGAGCAGGUCCCUUCUCUCCACGGUCCAAUGGGACGCUCUCGUCCCCACGGCCCCCUCCCCAGCCCGGGGGCCCCUCUUCUCAGCUUUAUGAACAUACGGUGGAAGGAGGGGAAAAGCAAGUGGUAUUCACCCAUCGCAUUAACCUGCCUCCCUCUGCUGGCUGUGGCUGUCCCCCGGGCACCGAGCCUCCCGCGCCUGCUUCGGAGGUGCAGGCCCUGAAGGUCCGGCUGGAGGUCCUGGAAGAGCUGGUUAAGGGGCUCAAGGACCACUGCACCGGAGGAGGAUGUUGCCCUGUGGCGGCCCAGGCUGGCACAGGCCAGACGGACGUGCGCAGCCUCUGCAGCCUCCACGGCGUGUUCGACCUGAGCCGCUGCGCCUGCUCCUGCGAGCCGGGGUGGGGCGGACCUACUUGCUCGGACCCGGCCGACGCUGGGACACCCACCUUCUCCCCGUCCACAGCCCCGGGGUCCUCCUGUCCGGAUGAGUGCAACGAUCAGGGACGCUGUGUCCGGGGACGCUGCGUGUGCUUCCCAGGUUACACGGGGCCCAGCUGUGGCUGGCCCUCCUGCCCGGGGGAUUGCCGCGGGCGAGGGCGCUGCGUGCAGGGCGCGUGUGUGUGUCGCGCGGGCUUCUCGGGCGCGGACUGCAGCCAGCGCGCCUGCCCUCGGGGCUGCAGCCAGAGGGGACGCUGCGAGGAUGGCCGCUGCGUGUGCAAUCCGGGUUACACUGGGGAGGACUGCGGGGUGCGUUCCUGCCCUCGGGGCUGCAGCCAGAGGGGCCGCUGCGAGAAUGGCCGCUGCGUGUGCAAUCCGGGUUACACUGGGGAGGACUGCAGCCAGCGCGCCUGCCCUCGGGGCUGCAGCCAGAGGGGACGCUGCGAGGACGGCCGCUGCGUGUGCAAUCCGGGUUACACUGGGGAGGACUGCAGCCAGCGCGCCUGCCCUCGGGGCUGCAGCCAGAGGGGACGCUGCGAGGACGGCCGCUGCGUGUGUGACCCCGGCUACACUGGGGAGGACUGCGGGGUGCGGAGCUGCCCCCGGGACUGCGGCGAGGGAGGUCGCUGCGUGGACGGGCGCUGCGUGUGCUGGCCCGGGUAUGCGGGCGAGGACUGCGGGGUGCGGACGUGCCCGCGGGACUGCCGGGGCCGCGGGCGCUGCGAGGACGGCGAGUGCAUCUGCGACGCGGGCUACUCCGGGGACGACUGCGGGGUGCGGAGCUGUCCCGGCGACUGUCACCAACGGGGCCGCUGCGAAGACGGGCGCUGCGUGUGCUGGCCCGGGUACACAGGGCCCGACUGCGGCGCCCGAGCGUGCCCACGUGACUGCCGGGGCCGCGGGCGCUGCGAGGACGGCGUGUGCGUGUGCCAGGCGGGCUUUACGGGCGAGGACUGCGGGGUGCGGAGCUGUCCCGGCGACUGUCGCGGGCGUGGACGCUGCGAGAGCGGACGCUGCGUGUGCUGGCCGGGGUACACGGGCCGCGACUGUGGCACACGCGCCUGCCCCGGAGACUGUCGCGGGCGUGGACGCUGCGUGGACGGCCGCUGCGUGUGCAACCCGGGCUUCACGGGCGAGGACUGCGGGAGCCAUCGUUGUCCCGGGGACUGCAGGGGACACGGGCGCUGCGAGGACGGCGUGUGCGUGUGCGACGAAGGCUACUCGGGCGAGGACUGCGGCGUGAGACGGUGCCCGCGGGACUGCAACCAACGCGGCGUGUGCCAGGACGGCGUGUGCACCUGCUGGGCGGGCUACGAGGGCCUAGACUGCGGCGUCCUCACCUGCCCGGCCGACUGCCACCGACGCGGGCGCUGCGAGGACGGGCGCUGCGUGUGCGACCCAGGCUACACCGGCCCCGCUUGUGCCACCCGCACCUGCCCCGCAGACUGCCGGGGCCGUGGGCGCUGCGUGCAGGGCACAUGCAUGUGCCAUGCGGGCUACAGCGGGGAGGACUGCGGUCAGGAAGAACCUCCCGCCAGCGCCUGCCCCGGGGGCUGUGGGCCCCGGGAACUGUGUCGGGGAGGACAGUGCGUGUGCGUGGAGGGUUUCCACGGCCCGGACUGCGCCAUCCAGACGUGCCCCAGGGACUGUCUUGGCAAGGGAGAGUGUCUCCAGGGCCGAUGUGUCUGCCAGGAAGGCUACGCUGGGGAAGACUGCGGGGAAGAGGUGCCAGCCAUAGAGAGCAUGAGGAUGCAACUCCUGGAGGAGACCACAGUUCGAACGGAGUGGACCCGGGCUCCUGGCCCCGUGGACGCCUAUGAAAUCCAGUUCAUCCCUGUGACAGAGGGAGUGAGCCCCCCCUUCACAGCACGGGUUUCCAGCUCCGCCUCAGCCUAUGACCAGAGAGGACUGGCCCCUGGUCAGGACUACCAAGUCACAGUCCGUGCCCUGCGAGGGACCAGCUGGGGUCCUCCCAUCUCUAAGACCAUCACCACCAUGAUUGAUGGUCCCCAAGACCUCCGUGUGGUGGCUGUGACUCCCACCACACUGGACCUCAGCUGGCUGCGUCCUCAGGCAGAGGUAGACCGAUUUGUGGUGUCCUAUGUCAGUGCUGGCAACCAGAGGGUGCGGCUGGAAGUUCCUCCGGAGGCAGACAGGACGCAGCUGACCGACCUGAUGCCAGGCGUGGAAUAUGUGGUGACUGUCACUGCAGAGAGGGGCCGUGCAGUCAGCUACCCGGCUUCUGUUAGGGCCAACACAGGUAUGCCGGAGGAGGAGGAGGAGGAGUGGCGUCCGCGGCCGAGCCCGCCGCGGCCCCCGCGACGCCCGUGGGGGAACCUGCCGGCCGAGCUGGGCCGCUUCCAGGGCACGGCGGAGGACCUGGAGCGCCACCUGCGCGCGCACCGGUACGCGCUGCGCGCCAACCAGACGUACGCGUCGGUGGCGCGUCACCUGCACGCGUUCCUGCGGCGCCAGGUGCUGGGCAGUGCGGCCGACGGCGCGCUGCUCGUGGCCCUCGACGGGCUCCGCGGACAGUUCGAGCGCGUGGUGCUGCGCUGGCGACCGCUGCCGCCCGCCCCGGGGCCCUCCGGGGAGCUCUCGGUGCCCGGCACGUCCCGCACCGUCCGCCUGCCCGACCUCAAGCCCGCCACCACCUACCACGUGGAGGUCCACGGGGUGCGGGCAGGGCAGGUGUCCAAGUCCUACGCCUUCAUCACCACCACAGGGUCCUUACCCUCUGGCCUCUUGGGGGCUACUGAUGAGCCUCUUCCCUCAGGCCCCUCGACAACCCAAGGGGCCCAGGCUCCUAUCCUGACCCUGGAGCGUCAUCCUCAGGAGCUGGGAGAGUUGAAGGUGCUGGGCAGAGACAAGACAGGGCGCCUGCGCGUGGCCUGGACUGCCCAGCCCGACACCUUUGCCCACUUCCAGCUGCGCCUUCAGGUGGCGGAGGGGCCGCAGGCACAUGAGGAACUGCUGCCAGGAGACGUCCGCCAGGCUCUGGUGCCCCCGCCCCCUCCCGGAGCCCCCUACCAGCUGUUCCUCCAUGGGAUCCCCCCUGGGGGCAAGCCCUUGGCUCCCAUCACCUACCAAGGCAUUAUGGACAGAGCUGAGGAACAGCCUGGGAAGCCAUCAGCCCCACCACGUCUAGGCGAGCUGACGGUGAGGGACCUGACAUCGGACUCCCUGCUCCUGCACUGGACUGUCCCUGAGGGGGAGUUCGAUUCCUUUGUGAUCCAGUACAAGGACAAAGAUGGACCCCAGGUGAUACCCGUAGAGGGGCCCCAGCGCUCAGCACCCAUCGCAUCCCUAGAACCGGGCCGCAAGUACAAAUUUGUCCUGUAUGGGCUCGUUGGCAAGAAGAGGCACGGCCCCUUGGUAGCUGAAGCCAAGACAGCACCUCAGAGCGCCCCCAGCCCAGAAACCCCACCACGCCUGGGAGAGCUGUGGGUGACAGACCCCACCCCAGACUCACUGCACCUCUCUUGGACCGUCCCUGAGGGCCAGUUCGACUCCUUCAUGGUCCAGUACAGAGACAGGGAUGGGCGGCCCCACGUGGUCCCUGUGGAAGGACCUGAGCGCUCGGUUACGGUGUCGACCCUGGAUCCCAGUCACAAAUACAGAUUCACUCUCUUUGGGAUUGCCAACAAGAAGCGGUAUGGCCCCCUCACUGCCGACGGCACCACCGCCCCAGAAAAGGAAGAGGAGACCCCUCACCCCGAGACCCAGGAACAGCCCCUCUUGGGGGAGCUAACAGUGACUGGUGUGACCCCAGACUCCCUGCAUCUCUCCUGGACCGUGGCACAGGGCCCCUUCGACUCCUUUGUGGUCCAGUACAAGGAUGCCCAGGGGCAGCCCCAGGCCGUGCCCGUCGUGGGAGAUGAAAAUGAGGUCACUGUCCCAGGCCUGGAGUCCAACCGGAAGUAUAAGAUGAACCUCUACGGGCUUCGUGGCAGGCAGCGUGUGGGGCCUGUGUCUGUGGUGGCCAAGACGGCACCACAGGGUAGUGUGGAUGAGACCCUCAGCCCCACAGAGCCUGGCACAAAGGCCACAGAACCCCCUGAGAAGCCCCGCCUGGGGGCGGUGACCGUGACAGAAGCCACUACCGACUCUCUGAGCCUCUCCUGGACAGUCCCUGAGGGACAGUUUGACCACUUCCUGGUCCAGUACAGGAACGGGGACGGGCAGCCCAAGGUGGUGCGGGUGCCGGGACAUGAGGACCAGGUCACCAUCCCGGGCCUGGAGCCAGACCACAAGUACAAGAUGAACCUGUAUGGCUUCCACAGCGGCCAGCGCGUGGGCCCCGUGUCUGCCAUCGGGGUGACAGCUGCAGAGGAAGAGACCCCCACGGAGCCCAGCACAGAGGCCCCACAGCCCUCUGAGGAGCCGCUCCUGGGGGAGCUGACGGUGACAGGAUCCUCUCCAGACUCCCUGAGCCUGUCCUGGACCGUCCCCCAAGGCCACUUCGACUCCUUCACCAUCCAGUACAAGGACAGGGACGGGCAGCCCCAGGUGGCGCGUGUCGAUGGCCAGGAGAGGGAGGCCACCGUGGGGGAGCUGGAGCCAGGGCGCAAGUACAAGAUGCACCUGUAUGGACUCCGCGAGGGGCAGCGCGUGGGCCCCGUGUCCGCCGUGGGCGUGACUGGAGAAGUGACCUCUCCAGCCACCGAGCCCCCUUUGGAGCCACGCCUGGGAGAGCUGACCGUGGAAGGCAUGACCCCCAACUCUGUGAGCCUCUCGUGGACAGUCCCUGAGGGACAGUUUGACUCCUUCGUUGUCCAGUACAAAGACAGGGACGGGCAGCCCCAGGUGGUGCCCGUGGAUGCAGACCAGCGUGAGGUCACUGUGCCAGACCUGGAACCUGCCAGAAAGUACAAGAUGAACUUCUACGGGCUAUAUGGCAGGCAACGUGUGGGUCCCCUCUCUGUCGUGGCCAUGACGGACCCCCUCCCACCAGCACCAGCAACUGAGUCCUCCAAGUUCUCCCCGGAACCACGCCUGGGAAACCUGACUGUGACAGACGUGACCCCUGACUCCGUGGGCCUCUCGUGGACCAUCCCUGAGGGUGAAUUUGACUCCUUCAUGGUCCAGUACAAGGAUAGGGAUGGGCAGCCCCAGGUGGUGCCGGUGGCGGGAGACCAGCGCGAGGUCAUUGUCCCUGGCCUGGAGCCCAGCAAGAAAUACAAGUUCCUGCUCUUUGGGACCUGGGAUGGGAAACGACGUGGCCCAGUCUCGGUGGAAGUGAAGACAGCUGCCCGAGGUGACGCCAGUCCUGGGGCCCCACCCCGCCUUGGGGAACUGUGGGUGACAGAGCCCACCACAGAUUCCCUACGUCUCUCCUGGACGGUUCCUGAAGGCCACUUCGACUCUUUCAUGGUCCAGUUCAAGGACAAGGGUGGGCCCCAGGUGGUGCCCAUCGAGGGCCGUGAGCGCACAGCCACCAUCAGGCCCCUGGAUGCUGGCCGCAAGUACAAGUUUCUCCUCUAUGGCCUCCUGGGCAAAAAGCGCUUCGGCCCCCUCACUGCGGAUGGCACCACGGAGCCCCCGAGCACUGCGGAGCACACCAGAGGGAAGCAGCCUGCAAAGCCACGCCUGGGAGACGAGCUGCAGGUGACCGACGUGACUCAGGACUCCGUGGGCCUCAUGUGGACGGUCCCUGAGGGCCAGUUUGACUCCUUUGUGAUCCAGUACAAGGACAAGGACGGGCAGCCCCAGGUGGUGCCCGUGGAGGGCAGCCUCAGGGAGGCCAGGGUCUCGGGCCUGGACCCUGCCCGCAGGUACAAGCUGCUGCUCUAUGGCCUGCACAGCGGCAAACGUGUGGGUCCCCUCUCUGCCGUUGCUGUGACCGCCCCCAGGGAAAUAGCUGAGGCUGGGACCGAGAGCCCGACACAUGCCGCCGUGGAGCCUCGCCUCAGGGAGCUGACCCUGGAGGAGGCCACGCCGCAGAGCCUGCAUCUCUCCUGGAUCACCGAGGGAGAGUUUGACUCCUUCGAGGUCCAGUAUGCAGAUAGAGAUGGACAACUCCAAGUGGUCAGUGCAAGGGGCGACCAGAGUGACAUCACACUCACUGGCCUGGAAGCCGACCGUAGAUACCUGGUGACCCUGUAUGGUUUUCAUGAUGGGCAUCGUGUGGGUCCUGUUGAAAUCGAGGCCCUGACAGCGCCACAGGAGGAGGAGGAGCCCUCAGAACCUCCCACCAUGGCCCCCAAGCCCCGCCUGGGGGCGCUGACCGUGACAGACGCCACCCGAGACUCCCUGAGCUUCUCCUGGACAGUCCCUGAGGGACAGUUUGACCACUUCCUGGUCCAGUACAGGAACGGGGACGGGCAGCCCAAGGCGGUGCGGGUGCCGGGACAUGAGGACCAGGUCACCAUCCCGGGCCUGGAGCCAGACCACAAGUACAAGAUGAACCUUUAUGGCUUCCACAGCGGCCAGCGUGUGGGCCCCGUGUCUGCCUUCGGGGUGACAGCUGCAGAGGAAGAGACCCCCACGGAGCCCAGCACAGAGGCCCCACAGCCCUCUGAGGAGCCUCUUCUGGGGGAGCUGACAGUGACAGGAUCCUCUCCAGACUCCCUGAGCCUGUCCUGGACCGUCCCCCAAGGCCACUUCGACUCCUUCACCAUCCAGUACAAGGACAGGGACGGGCAGCCCCAGGUGGCGCGUGUCGAUGGCCAGGAGAGGGAGGCCACCGUGGGGGAGCUGGAGCCAGGGCGCAAGUACAAGAUGCACCUGUAUGGACUCCGCGAGGGGCAGCGCGUGGGCCCCGUGUCCACCGUGGGCAUGACUGCCCCUGCAGAGAAGCCCACUGACAGCCCCACUGAGAAGCCCCGCCUGGGGGCGCUGACCGUGACAGACGCCACCCGAGACUCCCUGAGCUUCUCCUGGACAGUCCCUGAGGGACAGUUUGACCACUUCCUGGUCCAGUACAGGAACGGGGACGGGCAGCCCAAGGCGGUGCGGGUGCCGGGACAUGAGGACCAGGUCACCAUCCCGGGCCUGGAGCCAGACCACAAGUACAAGAUGAACCUGUAUGGCUUCCACAGCGGCCAGCGCGUGGGCCCUGUGUCUGCCAUUGGGGUGACAGCUGCAGAGGAAGAGACCCCCACGGAGCCCAGCACAGAGGCCCCGCAGCCCUCCGAGGAGCCGCUCCUGGGGGAGCUGACAGUGACGGGAUCCUCUCCAGACUCCCUGAGCCUGUCCUGGACCGUCCCCCAAGGCCACUUCGACUCCUUCACCAUCCAGUACAAGGACAGGGACGGGCGGCCCCAGGUGGCGCGUGUCGAUGGCCAGGAGAGGGAGGCCACCGUGGGGGAGCUGGAGCCAGGGCGCAAGUACAAGAUGCACCUGUAUGGACUCCGCGAGGGGCAGCGCGUGGGCCCCGUGUCCACCGUGGGCGUGACUGCCACACAGCAUGAAGCUACAACCACCCAUGUGCCUUCUGAGAAGCCCCGCCUGGGGGCGCUGACCGUGACAGACGCCACCUCCAACUCCCUGAGCCUCUCCUGGACGGUCCCCGAGGGACAGUUUGACCACUUCCUGGUCCAGUACAGGAACGGGGACGGGCAGCCCAAGGCGGUGAGGGUGCCGGGACAUGAGGACCAGGUCACCAUCCCGGGCCUGGAGCCAGACCACAAGUACAAGAUGAACCUGUAUGGCUUCCACAGCGGCCAGCGCGUGGGCCCCGUGUCUGCCAUCGGGGUGACAGCUGCAGAGGAAGAGACCCCCACGGAGCCCAGCAUGGAGGCCCCACAGCCCUCUGAGGAGCCGCUCCUGGGGGAGCUGACGGUGACAGGAUCCUCUCCAGACUCCCUGAGCCUGUCCUGGACCGUCCCCCAAGGCCACUUCGACUCCUUCACCAUCCAGUACAAGGACAGGGACGGGCGGCCCCAGGUGGUGCGUGUCGAUGGCCAGGAGAGGGAGGCCACUGUGGGGGAGCUGGAGCCAGGGCGCAAGUACAAGAUGCACCUGUAUGGAUUCCGCGAGGGGCAGCGCGUGGGCCCCGUGUCCACCGUGGGCGUGACUGAGGAGGAGGCAACGACCACGCAGGUGAUGCCAAUCACAACCCCGGAGCCACCUCCUGAGAAGCCCCGCCUGGGGGCGCUGACCGUGACAGACGCCACCUCCAACUCCCUGAGCCUCUCCUGGACGGUCCCCGAGGGACAGUUUGACCACUUCCUGGUCCAGUACAGGAACGGGGACGGGCAGCCCAAGGCGGUGCGGGUGCCGGGACAUGAGGACCAGGUCACCAUCCCGGGCCUGGAGCCAGACCACAAGUACAAGAUGAACCUGUAUGGCUUCCACAGCGGCCAGCGCGUGGGCCCCGUGUCUGCCAUCGGGGUGACAGCUGCAGAGGAAGAGACCCCCACGGAGCCCAGCACAGAGGCCCCACAGCCCUCUGAGGAGCCACUCCUGGGGGUGCUGACGGUGACAGGAUCCUCUCCAGACUCCCUGAGCCUGUCCUGGACCGUCCCCCAAGGCCACUUCGACUCCUUCACCAUCCAGUACAAGGACAGGGACGGGCGGCCCCAGGUGGUGCGUGUCGAUGGCCAGGAGAGGGAGGCCACCGUGGGGGAGCUGGAGCCAGGGCGCAAGUACAAGAUGCACCUGUAUGGACUCCGCGAGGGGCAGCGCGUGGGCCCCGUGUCCACCGUGGGCGUGACUGAGGAGGAGGCUACGACCACGCAGGUGAUGCCAACCACAACCCCGGAGCCACCUCCUGAGAAGCCCCGCCUGGGGGCGCUGACCGUGACAGACGCCACCUCCAACUCCCUGAGCCUCUCCUGGACGGUCCCCGAGGGACAGUUUGACCACUUCCUGGUCCAGUACAGGAACGGGGACGGGCAGCCCAAGGCGGUGCGGGUGCCGGGACAUGAGGACCAGGUCACCAUCCCGGGCCUGGAGCCAGACCAUAAGUACAAGAUGAACCUGUAUGGCUUCCACAGCGGCCAGCGCGUGGGCCCCGUGUCUGCCAUCGGGGUGACAGCUGCAGAGGAAGAGACCCCCACGGAGCCCAGCACAGAGGCCCCACAGCCCUCUGAGGAGCCACUCCUGGGGGUGCUGACGGUGACAGGAUCCUCUCCAGACUCCCUGAGCCUGUCCUGGACCGUCCCCCAAGGCCACUUCGACUCCUUCACCAUCCAGUACAAGGACAGGGACGGGCGGCCCCAGGUGGUGCGUGUCGAUGGCCAGGAGAGGGAGGCCACCGUGGGGGAGCUGGAGCCAGGGCGCAAGUACAAGAUGCACCUGUAUGGACUCCGCGAGGGGCAGCGCGUGGGCCCCGUGUCCACCGUUGGCAUGACUGCUCCAGAGGAGGAGGCUACAACCACGCCGGUGAUGCCAACCACAACCCUGGAGCCACCACCUCAGAAACCCCGCCUGGGGGCGCUGACCGUGACAGAUGCCACCGCCGACUCCCUGAGCCUCUCCUGGACGGUCCCCGAGGGACAGUUUGACCACUUCCUGGUCCAGUACAAGAAUGGAGAUGGACAGCCCAAGGCAGUGCGGGUGCCGGGACAUGAGGACCAGGUCACCAUCCCGGGCCUGGAGCCAGACCACAAGUACAAGAUGAACCUGUAUGGCUUCCACAGCGGCCAGCGCGUGGGCCCCGUGUCUGCCUUCGGGGUGACAGCUGCAGAGGAAGAGACCCCCACGGAGCCCAGCACAGAGGCCCCACAGCCCUCUGAGGAGCCUCUUCUGGGGGAGCUGACGGUGACAGGAUCCUCUCCAGACUCCCUGAGCCUGUCCUGGACCGUCCCCCAAGGCCACUUCGACUCCUUCACCAUCCAGUACAAGGACAGGGACGGGCGGCCCCAGGUGGUGCGUGUCGAUGGCCUGGAGAGGGAGGCCACCGUGGGGGAGCUGGAGCCAGGGCGCAAGUACAAGAUGCACCUGUAUGGACUCCGCGAGGGGCAGCGCGUGGGCCCCGUGUCCACCGUGGGCGUAACUGCCUCCCAGCCCACACAGCCCCCCAUGGAGCAGCGCCUGGGAGAGCUGUCUGUGGCAGAAGUGACCUCGGACACCGUGGGUCUGUCCUGGACAGUAGCCCAGGGCCCCUUCGACUCCUUUCUCGUUCAGUACAAGGACGCCCAGGGCCAGCCCCAGGCCGUGCCUGUGAGCGGAGAUGGGAGGGAAGUCACCCUCUGGGGCCUGGACCCGGCCCGCAAAUACAAGUUCCUGCUCUUCGGACUCCACGCGGGAAAACGCCACGGCCCAGUGUCUGUGGACGCCAGGACCCUCCCAGACACGAAGCCCCCUCCCCGCCUUGGGGAGCUGACAGUGAAGGACGUGACCCCUGACUCCGUGGGCCUCUCGUGGACCGUCCCUGAGGGUGAAUUUGACUCCUUCUUGGUCCAGUACAAGGACAGGGACGGGCAGCCCCAGGUGGUGCCGGUGACAGCUGACCAGCAUGGUGUCAUUGUCCCUGGCUUGGAGCCCAAUAAGAAAUACAAGUUUCUGCUCUAUGGCCUGGCAGGCCGGAAGCGGCUGGGCCCCGUUUCUGCCGAAGGCACCACAGCUCCCUUGGAGAGGACGCCACCACCCCGCCUUGGGGAACUGACGGUGACUGGAGAGACCCCCGACUCUGUGCAGCUUUCAUGGACGGUGGCCCAGGGCCCCUUUGACUCCUUCCUGAUCCAGUACAGGGACAGAGGUGGGCAGCCCCAUGCAGUGCCUGUGGCUGCUGACCAGCAGAAGGUCACUGUAGAGGGCCUGGAGCCCGGCAGGAAAUACAAGUUUCUGCUGUAUGGGCUCCUUGGAGGAAAGCGUCUGGGCCCCGUCUCCACAGUGGGAGUGACAGCCCCAGAAGAGGACACACCAGCCCCCGAGGACCCCGAGGCUCCUGAAGCACCCCGCCUGGGGAUGCUGGCUGUGACAGAGGCAACCCCAGACUCGCUGCGCCUCUCCUGGAGUGUGGCCCGCGGACCCUUUGACUCCUUUGUGGUCCAGUAUCAGGACACAGAGGGACAGCCCCAGGCUUUGCUCAUGGAUGGUGACCAGGACAAGGUCCUGAUCUCAGGCCUGGAGCCCAGUACCUCCUACAACUUCUCCCUCUAUGGCCUCCACGCGGGGAAGCGCCAUGGACCCAUCUCUGCUGAGGGCACCACAGGGCCAGCUCCUGCUGGCCUGGCCCCAGGGGACCCAGGACCCCGCUUGUCCCAGCUGUCAGUGACCGACGUGACCACAAGUUCUCUGCGGCUCAACUGGGAGGCUCCACUUGGAGCCUUCGACUCCUUCCUGCUCCGCUUUGGUGUCCCAUCACCAAGCAUCCUGGAGCCUCAUCCUCGUCCGCUGCUCCAGCGAGAGCUGAUGGUGCCUGGGACCCGGCGCUCAGCCGUGCUCCGCGAUCUUCGUCCUGGGACCCUCUACAGCCUUACUCUCUAUGGGCUGCGUGGGCCUCACAAGGCUGACAGCACCCAGGGCACUGCCCAUACCCUCAGCCCAGUUCUGGAAAGCCCCCGUGAUCUCCAGUUCAGUGACAUUGGUGAGACAUCAGCCAAGGUCAACUGGGUGCCACCACCAUCCAGGGUGGACAGCUUCAAAGUUUCCUACCAGCUGGCAGACGGAGGAGAGCCACAGAGUGUGCUGGUGGACGGCCGGACCCAGAGCCAGAUUCUCCAGGGCCUGAGCCCAGACACUCGCUACGAAGUGACCGUGGUCUCCGUCCGAGGCUUUGAAGAGAGCGAGCCUCUUACAGGCUUCCUCACCACAGUUCCUGACGGACCCACCCAGCUGCGUGCGCUGAACCUGACUGAGGGAUCUGCCCUACUGCACUGGAAGCCCCCCCAGAACCCUGUGGACAAAUACAACGUUCGGGUCGCAGCUCCCGGGGCCCCACCUCUACAGGCCUCUGCACCGGGCAGCGCUGUGGACUACCCCCUGCGUGACCUGGUGCUCCACACCAACUACACAGCCACCGUGCGGGGCCUGCGGGGCCCCAAUCUCACCUCCCCAGCAAGUAUCACCUUCACCACAGGGCUGAAGGCCCCCCAGGACUUGGAGGCCAAGGAAGUGACUCCCCGCACGGCCUUGCUCACAUGGACGGAACCUCAAGUCCCACCCACAGGCUACUUGCUCAGCUUUGACACCCCUGGAGGACAGACCCAGGAGAUCCUGCUCCCAGCCGGGAGCACCUCCCAGCGGCUGCGCGGCCUCUUCCCCUCCACCUUCUACAACGCCCGGCUGCAGGCCGUGUGGGGCGAGAGCCUCACGCCACCCGUGUCCACCUCCUUCACGACCGGUGGACUGCGGAUCCCCUUCCCCCGGGACUGUGGGGAGGAGAUGCAGAACGGAGUCAGCACUUCAAAGACCACCACCAUCUUCCUCAACGGCAACCGCGAGCGGCCCUUGGACGUGUUUUGUGACAUGGAGACAGAUGGGGGUGGCUGGCUGGUGUUCCAGCGGCGCAUGGACGGGCAGACGGACUUCUGGAGAGACUGGGAGGAGUAUGCCCACGGUUUUGGGAACAUCUCCAGAGAGUUCUGGCUGGGCAACGAGGUCCUGCACAGCCUGACACAGGCCGGGGACUACUCCAUGCGCGUGGACCUGCGGGCGGGGGAUGAGGCCGUGUUCGCGCAGUACGACUCCUUCAGGGUCGACUCUGCGGCUGAGUACUACCGCCUCCACCUGGCCGGGUACCACGGCACCGCAGGGGACUCUAUGAGCUACCACAGUGGCAGCGUCUUUUCCGCCCGCGAUCGUGACCCCAACAACUUGCUCAUCUCCUGCGCUGUCUCCUACCGCGGGGCCUGGUGGUACAGAAACUGCCACUACGCCAACCUCAACGGACUGUACGGGAGCACAGUGGACCACCAGGGCGUGAGCUGGUACCACUGGAAGGGCUUCGAGUUCUCCGUGCCCUUCACGGAGAUGAAGCUGAGACCCAGACGCUAUGAGGCCCCCAGUGGGGGCGGCUGAGCUGCUGUCCACCCCUCUCGCACCCCACUACGACUGCUGAGCACUGAGGGGUCGCGCCCAGAGGAGAGCCAGCGCGCCUCCGCCGCCUAGCCAGCCGGGGAAGCCUUCUUUGCGCGAUCUCACAGCACUAUGUUUACAGGGAGGGGAGG